UGAAUUUUGAGUCUGAACCAGUUUGUCCAGGAGUGCUGGGCACCAGAAGCCAAUGGCACCGCUGGGGGCGGAUUCAUGCGUAAAAAACCCCAGGUAUAAAACCUACCUGUAGCCUAUCCAUUACAUCUAUCAAGUGACUCUCUAGCCGAAAACGCUCUCUGUCGCUGUCAACUCUCUCUCUCAUUCAAUCAUGCCUUCGAACACCGCUGCCAGCAUGUUUGGCGGAGCAGGGGGAAGGGGUUCUAGGGCGUCCGUGGCGAGCCUGGAGGGGCUGCGUAACGUGCUGCGCAACGAGACGGAAAGAGACGCCGCUCCAGCGACACCUGCGGCUGCCGCUCCCGCUCCGGCCGCGCCUGCCGCCCCCGCGGACGACAAGCAGACACUUCGGGGUCUGAACGGCCGGCUGUCCGACUACUUGGACCGGGUGAGACAGCUGGAGAAGGAAAACGGCGAUCUGGAGAAACAGAUUGAUGACAUUUUGGCCAAGAGGAAAACACCCGAGGUGCGCGACUGGGAUGAGGUGGAAAAACCCCUGGAUAACCUCAAGCAGAAGAUCAAAGACAUCACCAAGGACAACGCCAAGCUGCUGCUCCAGAUUGACAACACCAAACUGGCUAAUGAUGACUUUAAGAAAAAGCUGGACGAUGAGAAAAAGGCACAGAAAGAAUUAAAAAAAGACCUGAAGGAUCUGAAGAAGACUGCUGAGGAGUCCAAGCAGAACCGCAUGGAGACACAGAAAGAGAUGGAGCUGGUGAAGGAGGAGCUCGCUCGCCUCGAGCAGGAACACAAAGAGGAGGUGGAUGUCCUGCGCGAGAAGAUCAAGGACUCGGAGGUGACCGUGGAGAUGGAGUCUCAGAACUCUAACCUGGCUGAGAUCGUCGACAAGAUCCGCUCCCAGUACGACAACCUCGCCAAGAAGAACCUGAAGGACACCGAGGACUGGUACCAGAACAAGUUUGAAAACAUCAAGGUGGUGGAGGCCCAAAACAACGAAGUCCUGAACUCUGGAAAGUCCGAGCUCAAGGAACUGCACAAACAGGCCCAAUCUCUGGAUAUUAAGGGCCAGGGUUUGAACAGCAAGAUCCACAGUCUGGAGGAGGCCCUGAGGAGCACCAAAGUGGAGAACGAUCAGCGUCUGUCCCCCCUCAACCAGCGGAUCCUGAACCUGCAGGCGCAGCUGAAGGAGGUGAGGGAGCAGGUGGAGCGCCACGUGGAGAACAACAAGGACCUGGUGUGCGUGAAGAUGAAGCUGGAGGCGGAAAUCAAUAACUACCAGCGACUGAUGCAAGACAUGACCGCCGAUAACGAAAGCUCGGAGUUUUCUAUAGAAGAUGCGCUGGACAGCGACCAGCAAAAGCCUGAGGACAAGGUGCCCAAGCAGCAGUAAGAAGUGAAAGAAGCAGCCCAAGAGCAAAAAUAAGAAGGGUUCAUCCUCUUCCUCGUCUUCUCCUUCCUCCUCCUCUUCCAAGAAGGAAGAUGAAAAGCCCAAGAAAGAGGGUGAAGUGGCCAAAAGCCUCUUCUUAAAUUGCUUUUUUUUUCUGUUACUCAGCCAAGUAUC